AUGGCUGCCAAAACCAUAACUGAAGCCAAAAGGCUGGCCAAGAGUUUUGGAAAUUCGCUGAAUCAUGCGACCAGCUGCAAUGAAGGAAUCCUUGUCGGCGGACUGAAUUCCAAUGGAGUACUUCUAACAAAAGAAGAUCAACAACUUAUUCUUACUUGUAUGCAAGCAUCUGGCCACGUUGAAGAAGUAAAUAUAGCAUUUCAAUUCCGGAGUCUCUUCAAACCACUUCAAAGUGUUGAUGGUGUUCUUUAUAGAGUCGACGAAGAUAUCGAUCAUUUAUAUAACAUCUAAUAAUGUGGAAGAAGUGGCACGAGUCGAAGCGUUUUUAUCUGUCUUACUUAGUGGAAGUUACUGCACAUUAGCAAAGAUAAAGCUGUACCAAAAGCUUGAUGAUGAAGACAUGUUAGGUGAACUUAGAAAUGGUGAUAAAAUUGUCGAAAUAUCAAAUGAAAUUGCCGUUAUUACUGCCACAUGUAUUUAUCGAAAGGUGAUGUUGUACCCACGUCCCGCCGAUGAUAUGGACACCAUUGCUGUUGUAGAUUUUGAAAGACCAAACUUACCAAUAAACUUUGCAGAUAUUACUGUACCAUUUUACCCCAUGGUGAAUGACAUUGUUGUUAUUAGAGGGGAAAAUGACGAGAUUUGGGUCGCAAAGAUCCUCAAAGUAUACACUGAAGAAAAAACUGUGAAAGUGUGGUACUACAGAGAGCAAGGACAUGAAUUGUUUGUACCAGAAGUUUCCUCACGAGAUGCAUUAGACAUUGUCAACUGGGACUCUAUAGUUCAUCUUGCUCCCGAGGAAUGGAUUGAUGGCGGUUCUUGA